UAGUUUAUCAAACUUCCGAAACUCAUCUCAGAAUGACUGGUCGCGGUAAAGGAGGAAAAGGACUCGGCAAAGGAGGCGCCAAACGUCAUCGCAAAGUUUUGCGUGACAACAUCCAGGGAAUCACCAAGCCGGCCAUCCGUCGUCUUGCUCGCCGUGGUGGUGUGAAGCGUAUCUCUGGUCUCAUCUACGAGGAAACCCGUGGUGUUUUAAAGGUGUUUCUCGAGAACGUGAUUCGUGACGCCGUCACCUACACUGAACACGCCAAGAGGAAGACUGUGACGGCCAUGGAUGUCGUCUACGCACUGAAACGCCAGGGCCGUACUCUGUACGGCUUCGGCGGUUAAACAAUUAUUUUCAUU